CUCUCACUCCCUCAUUUUCUCUCUCUCUCUCUCUGUCUGUCGUUGCAUCUUCAGCAUCUGGGACUUUAUCUUCAGCGGUCACUGAGAAGGCUGCAUCGCUGACACUUGGAUCGUGGGAAGAAGGCGCCGGCUGAGUUGCUACUCACAGUGUGUAAGACAGGAGACGGAGGUCAUCAUGGGCUCCAGCUCCUCUUCCUACACUCCCAAAAGCAUUUACUUGGAUGUGGAUGGGAAAGUGCAAAAGGUGGUGUUUAGCCGGCACUGCAGUCCCUCUGACAUCAAGGAGCUGCUUUAUUCCUCCACCAACAUUCCCAGGAACACUGCCAUUAUGAUGGUGGACCCAGAAGGAGCCUUAGUCUCCAUCGAUCCCACCAUGCCCACAAACUCUCCAAACUUCUUGUAUAAAGUCGUCCCUUUGUCCAGCAACCAGCUUGGAGAGAAGGAGGACGUGUUUCAGAAUGUGUUAUCGCAGGUGGCUGAUCAGUUCACCAGAGCCUUUCGGAUUCAUGAGCUAAAGACUGAGGUCACCAACAGACUGGCCAUGCUGGAGAAGAGAGUGGAGCUGGAAGGCUUGAAGGUGGUGGAGAUUGAGAAGUGUAAAAAUGACCUGAAGAAACUCAGAGAUGAGAUGACGUCAAGAGCUGGUGGGAGAGUAAGCUGCCAGUGCAAAUACAGCUUCUCAGAUGAUGGAUGGAUGGUCACACCAAGACGAGACGUCCCCAAUUACCCAAAGUACACACUCUCUCAGGAGACGGUGGAUGCACUGAAAAAGCCAACAUUCGAUGUCUGGCACUGGGAACACAAUGAGAUGUUGAGCUGUCUGGAGUAUAUGUACCAUGACUUGGGACUGGUGAAGGAAUUCAAUAUGAAUCCAAUCACCCUCAAACGUUGGCUGCUGGCGAUUCAAGAAAACUACCGUAACAACCCUUUCCAUAACUUCCGCCACUGCUUCUGCGUUAGUCAGAUGAUGUAUGGUAUGAUUCACCUUUGCAACCUACAGGAGAAGCUGACUCUCACAGAUAUGGGCAUUCUAAUGACAGCAGCUGUUUGUCACGACCUGGACCACCCUGGUUACAACAACACGUACCAAAUUAACGCUCGCACUGAGCUGGCGGUGCGCUACAACGACAUCUCUCCACUGGAGAACCAUCACUGUGCUGUGGCCUUCCAAAUCCUUUCUCUCCCUGAGUGCAACAUCUUUGCAAACGUGGAUCCUGAAGCAUUCAAACAGAUCAGACAGGCCACGAUUACGUUGAUCUUAGCCACCGACAUGGCAAGACACGGGGAGAUACUCGACUCCUUCAAACACAAAGUGGACAACUUUGACUUCACCAAUGAAGAGCACGUGAUGUGUCUGAAGAUGGUUUUGAUUAAGUGCUGUGAUAUUUCCAACGAGGUGAGGCCGACUGAGGUGGCUGAGCCGUGGGUGGACUGCCUGUUGGAGGAGUACUUCAUGCAGAGUGACAGAGAGAAGUCUGAGGGUCUGCCUGUGGCCCCCUUCAUGGACAGAGACAAAGUCACCAAACCUACUGCUCAGAUUGGCUUCAUCAAGUUUGUUCUCAUCCCAAUGUUUGAGACUGUCAUGAAGCUUUUCCCUCAGAUUGAGGAGAUCAUGGUCCAACCGCUGAGAGACUCUCGCGACCACUACGAGGAGCUGAAACAGAUCGAUGACGCCAUGACGGAGGCACAGAAGAAAAAAACUGAAAAUAUGUCAUUAGGAGGGAAGAAGAAGUAAGCUCGCCAGUGCGUGCGUGCAGUGGUGUCUGUGUAAGUAAAAGGGUCUCCUCUGGUGAUCAAGUUCAGGAAAGACUUAACAAAGCACCAAUGAGGUGAAGUCAUCCUGCACCACGCUGUGGAGGUGGAGCAGAACGGACCGCUCGGCGACAGAAUCAACCAAAGUUCAUCUUCGGCUUUGGCUUAGACUUUUGACUGGGUGUAAAAGAGAGUGACCUCGUGACCACUCUGUGUAUUAUUGGCAUUUAUCUCUCCCUAGUAUUUUUGUUUAAAUGAAUUUUCCCAGAGCACAAAUAUGACUGUGGGGAAAAAAAACACGCUUCUCCAAAAACAGAAAUUUGGAGAUUUUAGUUAUUUUAAUAUGGAUGAUUGUGUAUUUUGAGAAUAUGAAAUGUAAUUUCCAACAGUAAUGUUUUCCAGUAGAAAAAUAAAAGUGGGAGAACGUUUGCACCUCACAUUAGCAUUGAACACUUUGGCUGAUGUCGUGCACUCGUGUUUUGAGGAAAUAA